CACACAUUCAGUUCCAACCGAAUAAGCUGUGUAUACCCAAUAAUUCAGCAAUGGAAGAUGGUCUUUCCCGUCAAAGCAUAUCAGAUGAUCCGGUUAUCAACGGAAUUAGCGCACCAUACAAUAUUCUUGCUGAUUUGCCACCCUCCUAUCAACUACGCUCAUAUCAGUCAUGCUCAACUUCGAAACGGUUACAGACUGCGCUGAAGGCCAUUUACACCGAACUGGAGCAGAAUGGAGGGGAUGGAAACCAAUGGCUGGUCCUCAUGGGCAUGCCCCAAACGACCAUUGACAGGCUGAGCGAAGCUGAUGACAUACUGCCCGAUAUUGGAGUUCGGUUCAUGUGGGAAGCAAAUACAGGGCUCUUCAAGGUCGUACCAUCUGCUUCACAUGAUUUCACUACGACAGAAAUAAUGCGUUACAUCGAAGACCAGAGAGCUCAAAUGGGGAUACCACGAACAGAAGUUUCCUGGGGGGCUACAACCACAAACCCCGGUACUGUUUCGACACACGGCAAGCAACCUGACCAUAGCUUUUACCCUUCGAGCCGCCCGCCUUCUUUUGGCCAGCUAAGUGGAUGGCCGACACUUGUUUUCGAAACUGGUGUCUCAGAAUCUAUGGCAAAGCUCCGGCGCGACGCAACCUGGUGGUUUCAGAAUUCUUCUGGAGACACUAGAAUUGUACUUAUUGUCUCGAUCAAAUCCAGGAGCAGAGAAGUACGCCUUGAGAAAUGGCAACUUGCCCCUCCCAACAUAGGUAGACCGGGUACUACUAGACAACUUAUCGACCAAUUACGCCAGCAACCCGACCAAAUGCCACCUCUAGUCCAGCAGCCCGCAAAUAUGCAGCUCGCAUUUUCUAUUCAGGAGGUAGUCAUUACGCCAACGUCGAUAAUCGGACAGCCUCUUGUGAUCCCAUUCAGGGCUAUGUUUGAUCGGCAACCUACUGGAGCCGAGCGAGAUAUAGUCAUAGAUAAUGUGGGCUUUCGCGAGAUUUCACGUUUCAUAUGAGUGACAAGUACAAAGCCACGUUGGUGUGUUUGUUUCGUCCAUCAUCAGCCUGCUAAGACCCCCAAAGCCCAAGGGCACCCCUGAGUCGCUAACCGCAAGAUGCUUUCCACAGAGCCCCAAGGGCCACUACUACGGUAUUAUGAUGACUAUACUCUCUACAGAUUGCCUUUUUGUACUUAGUUUCAAUCAAA